CCUAUUUUCGGUUCUAAUGUCAUUCCCUUCAUAAAUAUCUUGUGACAUUUAAACACUAAUGCCCCGCUAACAUUCUGGUGAUCCGAUGUGCUUUCCAUCUCUGUUUCUUUGAGUGGGGGGUCAAACAAUGGCCUACAUAAUAUUUUCUCUUGCGCCAAGAAUGGCGUUGACAUCGUCAUAUCGCGUAAAUUUCAUUAACACAGGUACGUUUAUAAAUGACAUCAUUUCUCUGUCGUUUAUGACGUCCUGUGGUUAUAAAACCAGUAUAUUACGCGAAAAAGAUAACUGAUUCCAUCGAUAUAAAUUUGAAUGCGAUAUAUUUGAUAUGAAACUAAUAGUCGUUCCUCCAAUUAUACAUAUCUUAAGCGGCUUUUUAUAAGUACGUAAGCGACUAAUCACGUGAUACCCGACAUUUGAGGCGGUGUAAAUACAAAGUACAAAUCAAAGAAAUAUGGUAAAACGAUGUGCAUGGGGCACUUGUAACAGUGAUUCGCGCUACAAAGACAAGGAAUAUAUGAGAGAUGUUACUUUCUGGCCAAUUCCUAAGCCCAAAACAAGAUUACGCGAAACUUUAGUGUGGGUGAAAGCAUGCAAUAGGAAAAAUUUCACUGUGAAAAACGUAAACAAACAUGCCUACGUAUGCAGCAAGCACUUUGUGGAAGGUCAGCCUACAGAGAAAUAUCCGUACCCGGUUAUUGCAGGAUCGUCAUCCCAGGGAAAACCAUUGAGAAAACCCCCAACUAAAAAGGCUAACAAUCACGAAACCACAACCACCACAAAGCUUUCCCGUAAUGUUGAUAUCGAAACCGUUCCUACCCCGGCAGCAUUUAUUGUGAUAGAUGACGUAGAGGAUAUUGCAACUGAUUCUUUUGAUGAUAUUGGGAAGUCUGACCAUCUCCCAGAGCAUGGAUAUUCAUCCAAGAAAGUAAUGGUGAAUCAAGCAGUGCAAACCACAAUAAAUAAAGAACAUCUCUGUGAUUAUGAUGAUGAUAAUUUGAUGAAUGGAGGAAGCAUGCGUAGACAAUUCAUUUUGAAGGAUGUCAUGAAAGAUGACAACAGCUGCAAGUUUUAUACUGGUUUGUCCCUGGCAAUGUUUGGGUUUCUCUUUGUGUUCCUGUCUAAGUCGGCAAAGAGUAUGACAUACUGGAGAGGCAGUGAGACAAGUAAUGAAAGAAAACAGACUCCAAGGAAAGGUCCUAAACGUAUACUGACACUAAAGGGGGAGAUAAUCUUAAUGCUUCUGAGACUGCGAAGAGGUUAGGACACCAUUUCUCUCGGAAACAUGUUUGGAAUAUCUGACACUUUGGUAAGCAGAAUUUUUGUAACAUGGACUUCUUUGGUAUCUAAGGAACUCGGAUUCUUGAUUCGCUGGCCAAGCAGAGAACAAGUAAGAUUUAAACGUCCAGCAUGUUUCAAACAUUUUCCCAAAACACGUUGUAUUAUUGACUGUACAGAGUUUUUUGUGCAAAAGCCAAGUCUGUCAUCAUCACAAAGAAUAACUUAUUCUUCCUACAAACAUCAUAACACUUUCAAAUGUUUAGUUGGAAUAACACCAAGGGGGUCAUUUUCCUUUAUAUCCAACUUAUUCACUGGCAGCAUAUCGGAUAAGAAAAUUGUUGAGCAAUCUGGUUUCCUUGAGAAUUUGGAAUAUGGAGAUGACAUUAUGGCAGACAGAGGGUUCUUGAUCAGGGGGGAGUUAGCUCUUAAAGGAGCGACAUUAAACAUUCCUCCAUUUGCAAUGGGAAAACAAAUGUGUAGCGCAGCAACAACGAAAACAAGGAGAAUUGCUCAUGCAAGAAUUCAUGUUGAAAGAGCAAUAGGUAGACUGAAAAACUUUGCCAUUUUACAGGGUACCUUACCAUUAAGAAUGAAGACUCAGUUUGACAAUGUAGUUAAAGUUUGUGGUAUUCUUUGUAAUCUAGACAAGCAACUUGUUAAAUGAGUUGAUGAGUAUAAUAUGUAAUACUCAAAUGUUUCUCUAAGUGAUUACCUAUCAUAGAUUUGUUGCAUUGAUAUUUUAAAAAUAUUUAAGUUUAUCCAUUUAAGAUAAACAAAAUUAUUGACUAAGAAUCGAACUAAUUUAUCAAGUCAAUAUUGCUUGUAUUUCGGUUAUUGAAUGUAGUACAUGUACUAGGUUUUACUUUUACAUUUAAUCUUUCAAAAUGACGCAAGCAUUCCUUUGCGCAUGCUUCCCCCUUUUUUGCUUGAAACUUCCCAGUGGGUUGGUCACAUGAAAAUCCCCACCCACUCUCCCCAAAUUUUGUAUAGGUAAAUUUCCUGCAUGGUUAAGAGGACUUUUUCUGCUGCGGAUUUUGCUUUAAAUUUCAGAUUCAGCAUCAUGACUUCUUAAAGGGACAUGUUGAGGGUACAUCAUUGUGCGGAAAGAGACAUUAUGUUGAAGCUACAUCAUUGUGCGGGUCUGGCAGGAUUUUGCUAUCUAGAGAGCCAUUCACUGUUGGAUACUGUCAUUUCCAGGUCCUUCGGUGGUGUGGUUUUCUACUCACUGAACAUAUGAAAAUAAUUAACAAACACCUGUAUACAUAAGAUAUUACAAUUUCUAGAGAUUUAUUGACAAUCCAAUCUAUUUCGGAUGAAAUAAAUCAAAUUUGUACAUACAACUAAAAUUACAAUAAAUGUGAAAUGUCA